ACCGGCCCCGCCGCCGCCGCCGCCGCCGGCUCCGGGCCCGCCGCGCUGCCGCGGGGCGCGGCCGCUCCGGCCCGGGGCGCGGGGCCGGUCCGCCGCCGCGGGGCCGCGCACGGCAGAUGCACCGAGUCCAGCUGAAAUCACCGCGGGCGAGAGCCACCGGGCUGGCAGCCGUGCGAUAAAGCCAGUGUGGCACCAUGCCUGCGGCACAGCGGGUCCUCCUCUGCUCGGUGACCAUGUGGCUGCUCCUGCAGAGCCUCCUCCUCCUGGCCUCCUGCCUCCGCUCGGCCACCGCGUUCCCCAAGGGCUGCUACCCCUCAGAAGAGGAGGGGCUGAAGACCUUCCGCUGCAGCAACGCUCAGCUGACCGAGGUCCCCCGAGACAUACCCAACGACACCAACAAGCUCUACCUGGACUCCAACCGAAUCCCCUUCCUGCCCCGCGACGCCUUCCGGGACCUGCCGCUCCUGCUGGAGCUGGAUCUGUCUCACAACGCCAUCGCCAGCAUCGAGAGCGGGGCUUUCCGGGGCCUGGCAGAGCACCUGCACUCUCUGGACUUGUCUUCCAACAGGCUGGUGUCGGUCAGCAAAGAUGCCUUUAGCAACCUGAAGGCCAAGGUCAACCUCUCCAACAACCCCUGGCUGUGUGACUGUCGGCUGCAGGAGCUGAUCCGCACAGUGGACCUGGCGGCCGGCUCCUCGGGCGGCAUCAUCUGCGACUCCUCCGCACAGGAGGAGCACGUCGGCAAAGCUUUCCUGCAGGUGAUCGCUGACACGGACUUCUGCAACGUGUACAAAAAGACCACGGACAUCGCCAUGCUGGUCACCAUGUUUGGCUGGUUCGCCAUGGUGAUCUCCUACCUGGUCUACUACGUGCGGCAGAACCAGGAGGACGCCCGGCGGCACCUGGAGUAUCUCAAGUCCCUGCCCAGCAAGCAGCGGAGGUCGGAGGAGUCAUCCACCAUCAGCACCGUGGUAUGAGGCACCGGCAUCCCGCAGGACAUGGGGACACGUGGAGCUGGGGAUCGGCCGCUCGGCAGGCUUGUCGUGGCUGCAGGAGCUGUCAUGAGCCACCGUCACCGCACAGAAAUAGUCACGGAUUUGUUCUGUUCUCCUCGGGGAAGCGGCGUCUGGCAGUGGGAGCCACGGCCAGCGAGUGCCUGGCUCCGGCGCAGCGAGGGGCGAAGCGGCUGCGGCCGGUGGGCGGUUAUCGGCAACGAGCACGGAGCAGCCAUGGCAUCGGCCUGCUGCCUCUGCCUUACAAAGGACCGGAGAGACCCCGAGCAUCCGCCCGGCACGUGGCCGCUGCUCCGACCGACCGGGAUGUCCGGACUUCAUUUAUAACUCUCAUAUGUCCUUUGCAGAGAUCCUUUGGGGCAUUAACAAAAUCAGUGUUUUAAUCCCUCCCCGGCUUACCCUCGGCUGCCUGAGGGAUGUUCCUGGCAGCGCAGGGCAGCCUGGGCCUGGCUCCCUGCCUGGACGGGCAGCGGGCAGGGGAGGGCCAUGGUCAGGAGUGGUACGGCCGCAAGGCCAGUGCCCUGCUGGGUCACCAGCCCCAGGAGGGUCACGGGCUGUGACCUCUAGCCCGGCGGGACUGAAGGACGGGGCAGGAGGGGGAGACGCGUGGGUUGGGAAAGGCAAGAGGCAGGGCUGGGGGUGCCCCGCUCCAGCUCUUGUGGCAGACGGUGCCACCCCAUCACCCAUCUCAUCCCCUGCUGCUCCCUGCUCCCUUCCCGGCACCCCUGGCCAGGCAGAGCAAGGGUGUGGGGGCCCCCCCCAGGGAGGGGGCGGCUGGUGGGCGACCCCAGCACCUUCCCCCUCGGAGUGUGCCCUUCCUGUAAGAAACAAAUGGGAAAUGAGCUCCCCUGGGGCUGAGCCCUCUGGGGCCACCAAGGGUUGCAAGUGCUGAUGGAGGGGAACUGAGGGGUCCAGGCAGUGGGUCCAGCCCUGGCCAGAUUUUGGGGGGAGCAGGUUUCCCUUCGGUGCUCCCCGGGGACCAUGCAGGUGGGUGCAGCACCCCUCGCCAGCCUGCUCCGAUCUGGAGCCAGAGGAGAGCUCCCACCUCUCACUCAAGGACUCACAAGCUGCCGACCGGUCACUGUGAUGGGAAGCGGGGAAGGAGGGAGCCGCCCUCUCCCCACUCCCGCGCCGCUGGCAGGAGCCUGAAUCUCCCCUAAAACGCCCCAAUGUCCCUUCUUGACACUUCCAGUAUUGGGCUGCAGGAUCCUGGUGUCGGUAGGUGGAGGCGAGGCCAGGGCACCGGGGGCAAGUGCGGGUGGGGGUCAGUGCCCACCUUUGGGUGCAUGGGGUCCAAGCGGCAACUCAGAGCAAAGCCAGAGCAGAGCCAGACUCUUCCAACCGAGCAUCUGGUCCCCGAGAGCUGGCUUUGCUGGGUUUGCCCUUUUUUUAAAACCAACUGAAGCUAAAUUGCCUUAAUUCACCAAGAGCACCAACCAAAGCUGCUUGAACAUCCUCUGUGCCGGGCCAGACCCGGCUCCGGGACCAACCUCAGACCCUGGUGCAGGCAGCGCGUUUCGGCGCAGGCAGGGCCCGUCCUCCCAUGCCCCAGCACCGUCCUGCCGUGGGACGGAGCUGGCCGGGAGCGGCACCCGCGCCCCUCCACAAGUGCCUACUUCCCCAGCGCAGGCCAGGGGCUCUGCAACGCACAAGCGCCUCGUCCCAGCUCCAAUCCAGGCGUCCCCUGGGCCCGCAGCCCCACGGCAGCUUCCUCCCCAAACCCCCCAUACAACCGGCUGUGGAGAAAAGGGGCUUGGGGGGACCGAACCACCGCGAGCGGCUGCCCCGUGGCCCCAGGCACUGCUCCCCUGCGGGCAUCCCUGGGCGGCCGCUCUCGUGCCCGCGGCAUGCGGGGACACCCGGGACCGUCUGACCCAAUAUGUGUUUUGUUUAAGGGACCUUUUACGUUCUUACUUUAUACAAUAAAGUUGGCUUUUACUUUGGA